AUGUCUACCAUCACUACGACGACGACGACGACGGCCAACGAGGGCAUCACGGCCGAGUCAAUCCUGCGCCUCUUCCCCGACAUCGACACGAGCACCGAGGCCCUCUCCGGUCACGAUGCCGAGCAGAUUCGGCUCAUGGAUGAGGUGUGCAUUGUGUUGGACGAGAAUGACAAGCCUAUUGGAAACGCUAGCAAGAAGGCCUGCCAUCUCAUGACCAACAUCGACAAGGGCCUCCUCCACCGCGCCUUCUCCGUCUUCCUCUUCGACCCGGAAACCAACCGCCUGCUCCUCCAGCAGCGCGCCACGGAGAAGAUUACCUUCCCCGACAUGUGGACCAACACGUGCUGCUCCCACCCGCUGGGCAUCCCCGGCGAGACGGGCGCGAACCUCGAGGACUCUGUCGCGGGCGUCAAGCGCGCCGCGCAGAGGAAGCUGGAGCACGAGCUCGGCAUCGACCCGAAGCAGGUGCCCUUUGACGAUUUCCACUUUUUGACGAGAAUUCAUUACAAGGCGCCCAGCGAUGGCAAGUGGGGAGAGCACGAGAUCGACUACAUCCUCUUCAUCAAGGCCAAGGUCGACCUCAAGCCCAACGAGAACGAGGUCCGCGCGACGCAAUACGUCAGCGCCGACGAGCUUAAGAAGCUGUUUGAGGACCCCCAGCUUAAGUUCACUCCCUGGUUCAAGCUCAUUUGUAACUCGAUGCUGUUCCAGUGGUGGGAGAGCCUCGACUCUGGGCUGGAGAAGUACACCAACGAGCAGGAGAUUCGUCGCAUGUGA